GCGGCGGCGUAGCGAAGAUGGCGGCGGGGGCGCUGCGCCCCGCUCCCGGCUGAGGCGCGGCGCGCUCCCUGCGCCUCAGUGCGGCGGCGGCGAUGUCGGAGCCGGAGCACCUGGGCGGGAAGCGGGCCGAGUCGGCGCGGCUGCGGCGGGCCGAGCAGCUCCGGCGCUGGAAGGGCUCCCUGACGGAGCAGGAGCCGGUGGCGGCGGGGGGCGGCCGGGGCCGGCAUCGUGGCGCCGGGGGGUCCCGCGUCCGCUUCGAGGAGGGCGCCGUCUUCCUGGCCGCCUGCUCCAGCGGGGACACCGAGGAGGUGAAGCGGCUGCUGGGCCGCGGCGCCCGCAUCAACACCACCAACGUGGACGGGCUGACAGCCCUGCACCAGGCCUGUAUAGAUGAGAACCUGGACAUGGUGAAGUUCCUUGUAGAGAAUGGAGCCAAUGUGAACCAGCAGGACAAUGAGGGCUGGACCCCUCUCCACGCAGUGGCAUCCUGUGGCUACCUCAACAUAGCAGAGUACUUGAUCAGGCACGGAGCCAACGUGGCUGCGGUGAACAGCGAGGGAGAGGUCCCCUCGGACAUCGCCGAGGAGGCAGCCAUGAAGGACCUGCUGCUGGAGCAAGUGAAGAGACAAGGUGCAGACCUGGAGCUGGCCAGGAAGGAGGAGGAGCAGCAGAUGCUGCAGGACGCUCGGCAGUGGCUGAACAGCGGCAGGAUCGAGGACGUGAAGCAGGCGCGCACCGGCGCCACGGCGCUGCACGUGGCUGCGGCCAAGGGCUACGCAGAGGUCCUGAGGCUCCUGAUCCAGGCUGGCUUUAACCUCAACGUCCAGGACAACGACGGCUGGACCCCGCUGCACGCCGCGGCGCACUGGGGGGUGAAGGAAGCCUGCUCCAUCCUGGCCGAGGCUCUCUGUGACAUGGACGUCAGGAACAAGCUGGGGCAGACUCCCUUCGACGUGGCCGACGAGGGCCUGGUGGAGCACCUGGAAAUGCUGCAGAAGAAGCAGAGUGUGCUGCGCAGCGAGAAGGAGACGAGGAACAGGCUGAUCGAGGCGGACAUCAACGGCAAGCCCCAGGGCAGGCUCUUCAGCAGCAAGGAGAAGAUUCUCUAUGAGGAGGAGACUCUGAAGUCCAUGGAAAUGGAGGAAGAGAACAAGGACUCCAGCAGCUCCAGCUCUGAGGAAGAGGAGGAAGCUGAAGAUGAAGUUUCAGAGUCAGAUACUGAAAAGGAAUCAGAGAGGAAGGAAGAGUCCUUUGCCAACCACUCCAGCCAUGAAACCAGGCCUAGCAUCACUGAGCAAAUUCCUGCACCUGAGCCCAACUCCUUCACUGCAUCUGCCAGAAGAUUCAGCUGGCUCAGCAAGGCAGAGGAGCAGAAGGAUGAGUCCCCUGCCUCGUGGCGGCUGGGGCUGCGCAAGACUGGCAGCCACAACAUGCUGAGCGAGGUGGCAGCCACCAGGGAGGCCCAGAGGGAGAAGACCUCCUCCAUCUACCGCUCCUCCUCCAGCCCUCGCAUCUCUGUGCUCCUGGACAACAAAGAGAAGGAUAAAGACAACAAGAGCUACCUUGCCACCAUAGCCCCCCGAAGACUGAGCAGUACCAGUGAUAUAGAAGAGAAGGAAAACAGAGAGUCUGCCGUGACCCUGGUGCGCAGCGGCUCCUACACGCGGCAGCCCUGGAGGGAUGAGCCCAAGGCGCAGGAAGCUCACUCCGGGGCUCCUACCACCUAUGUCUCUACCUACUUGAAAAGUGCUUCCUUUGGUAGAAGUAGUGACCUCAGCAGCCCCUCCAUUUCAGCCAGUCGCAAUACAUCUCUAGCUACCUCACCCACUGCCAUUGGUUCAUCUACCUCCCUGGGCACCCCGUGGCAACCUGUCUCUUCCUGCCCCACAGCUCCCGGCGCCAGCAGCGCAGCGGCCGCCCGCCAGUACUGCAGAGCCCCUUUCAGGCAACAAACUGAUUCUGCUGUAGAGAGAACCCCAGAGGGCAUCUCUGCUAGCAGCCCUCCGGGGGUAAGCACAGACCGCAGCGGGCUGGGCUCUGCCAACGGUGUGGCGAAUGCCGGCGCCGCUGCCGGCCCCGGGAAGGAGCCAGCUGAGGAGGCCAGGGAGCGCCGAAGGUCGUACCUGACGCCGGUGCGGGAUGAGGAGGCAGAGUCCCUGCGGAAGGCUCGCUCCAGGCAGGCUCGGCAGACCCGCAGGUCCACGCAGGGUGUGACACUGACAGACCUGCAGGAGGCAGAGCGAACCUUCAGCCGGUCGCGGGCGGAGCGCCAGGCGCAGGAGCAGCCCAGCGAGAAGGCGGAGAGCGCAGAGCCGGCCCCCGACGGCGGCGACAGGCAGGAGGGCCGAGCACGCUGGAGCAGAAGCACGGAUGAGGAGAACAUCUACCGGCGGCUGAGGUGCCCCGCAGCGGCAGACAAGCCAAGCACCCCUGUGUCCCCCUCCAGCUCUGCUCCUCUGCUCCACACCAGCUCCUACCUGACUCGAGCCAACAAGUACCUGGGUCUUGACUCUGUGAACCCAGCAGACUUCAGAGGUACAGCCACAGAGAUGGAGAAGAAUGAGUGUGAAGAUCAGGAGCCGGAGGACAGGGCCCUGAGCAAGCAGUCGAUCCGCGAGCGGCGGCGGCCCAAGGAGCGGCGGAGGGGCACCGGCAUCAUCUUCUCCACACAGGAUGAUGAAGAGGAAGUGGAUGGAGAUGAGGAGCUGAAGGAAGCUCGGCAUGAAAGACUUUCCAGGUUGGAAGCAGCUACAAACCCCACCAGCAGCGAGUCCUACAGCGACCGCGCCUCCAGCCGCGCCAGUGCCUACAGCCGCAGGGAGAAUCGGCUGGCCGCCCUCAGCAGCCGAGCAGAGGAGGAGAGCAACAGGGACUACAAGAAGUUAUAUGAAAGUGCCCUGGCUGAGAAUCAGAAGCUGAAGUCAAAACUGAAGGAAGCUCAGCUUGAGCUGACUGAGAUCAAAACCAAGCUGGAAAAAGCAGCCCAGCAGAAGCAGGAGAAGACCUCAGACCGGUCCAGCAUGCUGGAGAUGGAGAAGAGGGAGAAGCGAGCCCUGGAGCGGAAGCUGUCUGAGAUGGAGGAGGAGAUGAAGAUCUUGACAGAGCUGAAGUCAGACAACCAAAGGCUGAAGGACGAGAACGGAGCUCUCAUUCGUGUCAUCAGCAAACUCUCCAAAUAGGGAUCCUGAGCAAAGGCAGCGCCCAGGGGGCUGCCCUGCACCAGCUGCCAACCCUGCCCCCAGCCCUCCCCACGCUGCCCAGUACAGCAGGUGGCUCAGCCACGGGCUCAGCCUGGCACACCUCCCUGCCCAGCCCCUUGCUGACCAUUCCCUUCCUGCCCGCAGCUCCCCAGCACCCCUCUGCCCUGGUCCUGUUUGGCAUCCGAGGUGGUGCCUUGGACACUCUGUUCAAGGGGGAAGAGAAAGAAGAGGACUGAAUGUGAGCUGCCAGAAGCUCUACCACAAGCCCAGUGUGGGGUGGUGGGCCCUGGUCUGGAGUGGGUGACUCCUACCUGAACAAGUGACACCUAAAGAACUGAUCCAGCACAGGUGGGAGAUGUGGACCUGGGCUGGGGCUCUGAGGAUGCACAGCACCCCCCCAGAUGUGGGGCUCUGCUCAGAAAGUGAUGCUGUGAAGGCCAGCAGGGCUGCUGGCUGUGACAGGCUGACAACAGCUGCUUUGCACAGAGACCUUCUUCUCCUUUCCCCCCAGACCAAGUCUGUUCUUGCUCCUGUUCAGUACCAUCAGCGCCGACUCAGCAUCCCUCAGCCCUCCCCUGCCUUUCCCCCACAGCCUCAGUGUCUGGCUGGGUCCUUCCAGGGCUCCUGGCUCCAGCAGCAGCAUCUGCUGACUGCACCUGGGCUCUUGCUCCUGGGCCAGGAUGUAUCACAGGUCCUUGCCAGGCUUUCUGAAGGACAGGCUUGGAGCCCUGCAGACCCUCUGCUGCUCUCACCUGUGUGCCAGUGUGGAUCACCUUGCAGGGUCUGUGCCCACAGCAGGAGCCAGCCUGCCUGUCCUGCAGCAGGGACAUUCCCCUGCCCUCCUCGGGGGGGCAGAGACCCCUAGAGGGUCUGCUCUGGGAUUUCAGGCACUGCCUUUGCUUUGCAGCAGGAGGCUGACCAAGG